AGAUGUUGUAUUGAGGGACAUGCUUUAGUGGGAAAUAUUGGUGAUAGGUGGACAGUUGGACUGGAUGAUCUUGGAGGUCUUUUCCAACCUUGGUGAUUCUAUGAUUCUACGUUGAAAAGCAGUGCUCUGUAGCUCAGAAUUUACUCCAUCAAAUCGUGAUAUUGUACUCUUUGUAUGUGUUGUUUCCAUGGAAAUAAAUAGGAGGCAUUAUUUUCAGAGCAACCUACAUCCUUAUGGUCAUCCAGGAGCCUGCAGGAGAGAGGACUUCUGCAGACCUUCAGCAACAAGUGUCUGUUGAGCUCAGUUCCUCCGUACCCAUUCCCUGAGUGCGAGACAGAAAAUGCAGCACACCCUCUCCCACACUGCUCAUGCCACAAACUCCUUGGGGCUGUAGGGCCGCCACUUGGUGCCCACCAGGGCACUGACCUUACCCACACUUUUCAGGUGUAACAUACACCCAGGGAAGUGAGGUAGUCACCGUCCGUGGAGGUGUUCAGGAAACGUGUAGAUGUGGUACUGAGGGACGUGGUUAAUUGGGCAUUGGUGGAGAUGGGCUGACAGCUGGACUUGAUGAUCUCAGAGGUCUGUUCCAACCUUCACGAUUCGAUGACCUUAUGAUUCUAUGAGCGGUACAUGACCACCUCCGCAGCGCUGCGCCCAAGCCCACUCCCACGCCGCCGUCCCCGGCCGCCACCCGGGGCAAAGGCGCGGGAGGCGGAGAGGCGCAGAGGCCGGGCACGGCGGAGGCGGGAUCCCGGCGGCGCAGCACCGAGCGGCCGGAGCAUGGCGCGGGAGCUGAGCCAGGAGGCUGUGCUGGACUUCCUCUGGGCUGCGGGGGGCCGAGCCCCCAACGCGGCGCUGCUCCGCCACUUCCAGGACUUCCUCCGCGAUCCGGCGCUGACGGACGCGCAGCGUGGGGAGCGCCGCGAGCGGUUCAAGCGCCUGGUCAACGCCGUGGCCACCGUGCAACCCGCGGCCGCCGGCACCUCCAAGGACAUCGUGCUCCGCCGCAGGUACCGCGACCUCCUCGACGAGGAGCUGCCGCCGCCGGAAGAGCCGGAGGAGAACAAGGAGGAGGAGAAGGAGCCGUCCCCGCCGCCCCGCUGCGAUCCUUGCCGCCGGCGCGACCCCCCGGGAAAGGAGCGGCCGGGCGGGGGGCAGCCAGGCGGAGCGGCCGCCGCUGCGGGCUGCGCUGCCCGGGGCCGCGGUGGACUCUGCCUCGAGUGCCGCCGGGCGCUCCGCGAUGCAGCCGCCGCCGCCGCCCCGCCGCCCCCCUAUCGGAACCUCCGGGGGCCGCCCCCGUACCGGCCGCUGCAGCCGCCCUCCGCCGGACCGUCCCCGUCCCCGUCCCGGUGUCCGCAGCGGCCGCCGCCUCCCGCCGGGUCUGCCCCUGUCGGGUCCCUGCCACCGCCUGGCCCCAGAGGGCUACACCCAGCCCGGUCCCAGCUGCUGUCAUCGGGCCCCAGGGUGCCGCCCCUCAGCGGGCCGCCUCGAGCCCGGUUCCCACAGCCGUCCCCCGCGGAGCCAUCCCCUGCCCAGUCCCUGCUGCUGCUGUCAGCCCCAGAGAUCCUGCCCCUGUCGCAGUCUCGGUCCCUGCAGACACUCACUGCCGGGCACAGCCCAUCCGCAUCCUCACUGCUUUUAUCAAGCCCGGACGCGCUCCCCCUGCCCCAGUCCAGGUCCCUUCAGACGCUCUCCACCAGGCUCCCCUCAUCCUCACGAGAGGGGCCCAAGGUACGGACCCCCAACGGCCCAGUGCGACCUCCAGCCACGUUGCUGCACACCGCAGGGCCACCCUCACCCCCAGCCCUGCUACUGCCAGCAGGCCCCGGGGGGCUGUCCCCCUGCUCCCAGCUCCCUCCUGCCAGGCCACUCCCAUCCCGGUCUGUGCUGCCAGCAUCGGACCCCCAGGAGCCACCGGCUAGCACCCCAUCAGCUCCAAUACCUGUUUUCCGCAGCAUCAGGUGCCAACUUGCUCUGCUGGAGGUGUCGGAUGACAGAGGGAGACCACACCGUGCAGUGCCACACAGGAGCUCCUCCAUGCACGUCCCGAACCGGGGGCCGACAGUGCCACUGGGUCGGCGGUCGCACGCUUGGCUGGUGGCGGUGUCAGCGGGGCGCUGGGCCCACGUGCGGGAACUUUUCCUGGAGGAGCCGGAGCUGGCCUUGCAGCGGGACUUCAUGUCGGGCUUCACGGUGCUGCACUGGCUGGCCAAGCACGGAGAUGGGCCAGGCCUGCAGGAGCUGGCCGAAGCGGCACGCCAGGCUGGGCUGGUGCUGGACGUGGAUGCUCGGUCGGGCUGCGGGUACACUCCACUGCACCUGGCUGCCAUACAUGGCCACGCACUCGUCAUCAAGGUGUUGGUGCUGCAGCUGGGCUGCCAGGUGCAGGUGCGGGAUGGCAGCGGGCGCCGGCCUUGGGAGUACCUGGGCAGCAGCACCUCUGGGGAGAUCUGGCAGCUCCUGCAGGCACCCCGGGGCACGAUUAUGUUCCCCACGCAGCCCCUGGCCCGUAGUGUGUCUUCAGCCAGCAAGACUCUGCCUCCUGCAGGCAGGGCACCACUGGCUGCGUGCCUUAAGCCACAGCGCAGCCGCCGGGCAGCAUCCCACCAAGUUGGCAGUGAGAGUGACUGAUGGACAGCAGCAUGCACCCCCUGCGCAGGAGACUGGAUCCAAGGGGAAGGCAGGCGGGCAGGAAAAGCUGCAAACCCAACUGAACUUCUUGAAGAAUGUACUCUUAAAUUAUUGCAAUGAAACAUUGUCUGAGUC